AUGUCAUCUUUUCAAGUGUUGCUAAUAUUUCUCGCCGAAACCUCGUUUUUUCUAAAUAUCUUAUGUAUCGCAACAAAUUGGAGCGAGAAUGGAUCGCACAAGUCAUUUAACAUUUCAACGACCGUCUAUCCAACAGCUCGCCGAGAUGACUCGAUUUAUGAUGACUACUAUGGCUUAAAGGUUGCUGAUCCAUAUCGUUGGAUGGAAGACCCAAAUGCACCGGAGACUCGUCGAUUUGUCAAUGAGCUCAAUGCCAUAUCUGGACCAUUUUUUGCGGCAGCGCCAGCUCGUAGAAGAAUAAGAGCAAAACUUAACGAACUUUUCGACUACGAGAAAUUUUCAUGCCCAGCAAAGCACGGGAAAUUCUAUUACUACAGCUAUAAUAAGGGAUCACAAAAUCAAAAGUGAGC